UACGAACACACAUCAACUGUGCAUGUGGGAAUGACAAACUGUUUCCUGAGUGGGCGGAUUAAUCUGGAAUGAUCUGGAAUGUUAAAUUACAUUAGUACAGUUUUCUGUUGUUUUUUAGGAAUAAAACUUGUGCGUCCUUUAGUUUGAUAGCUCCAGCUGUCUACAGGUCUUCAAAAUCCCUAGAAAAGAUGGGGGGUUAAUCUGAAGCCUUUGACCACUACUCUGCACAUUUCAGCUGCAGAAGGAAAAUGAAACUGUUGCUGCAGUUGUUUUUACAGGUUGCAGCAGUGCGGAGUGUAGAUGACCUCAGAUGUCGUUCUACAGAGUUUGUGGCAGGAGGUCGAUGCUGUCCUAUGUGUUUUGCAGGUUCGUAUGUUCGUGAAAACUGCACAAAGUUUGACAGUACGAUCUGUGUGACCUGUGGUGAGGGGACGUACAUGAAUCAAAGGAGUGCACAGACAUGGUGUCAUAAAUGUAACAUCUGUGAAGGUGGUCCUGGUCUUAGGGUAAAGAGAUCAUGUACUAAAAAAUCAGAUACAGUUUGUGAACCCCAGGAGGGAUUCUACUGUACGGACGUUAAAGACGACAGCUGUGUACGAGCACAGAAACACAGAGACUGUGAGAAAGGACAAUACAUCAAACUGAAAGGGACAUCCUCUGCAGACACUGAGUGUUCUCCCUGCACUGACGGGACAUUUUCAGAUGGGACAUUUACACAAUGUCAACCACACACACAAUGUGAAUCAUUGAAUCAAACGCUGGUAAAUCCAGGAACUUCUUCAACUGAUGCUGAAUGUGAGGAAAAAGGAAAAGAUCUCCUAAUUGGGAUCAUAGUUGUGAUUCUUUCAUUAAUUUUAGCUGGAGCUGCAGUGUUUUAUGUCUUUUGCUGGAGGAAGAACAAAAUCAACAAAGAAAGAAGAGGAGAAACAAGUUUUUCAAAAAAGGUACCAAUAGAAGAGUCCAUCACAUCAAAUCCUGGGAAAUCUCCAAACAUCAGAGUCAACCUUGAAGUUCCCAGUACAGAGGAAACUGAAGGAACAGUGUAGAACCAACACAUCAGUUCAUUCAGUUCCUGACCUGCGUGAACUGACCCCUGGAUACGAGGACAGAUUGUGCUGUUUACAGACAAAUCAGACCAAGAAAAGUCAGUGUUACCAUCAAGUAUCUACAGAAGGUUUUUAUACUGCACAGUAAAUGGGCUCUAGAAUCCAGUCCUCAUGUGAGUUGGAUUCUGGCCCAUUGGCACAAAUACUGUAUAGACACUGUGACUGUGGACAGACACAUCUGGGUCUACCCAAACUGGAAGACCUGGAUUAAUCAGGUGAUCCAACAGCUGCUAAAGGAGAGGAACACCACCUUCAGGUCUGGAGACAGGGUUCACUACAGCACAGCCUGAGCCGAUCUGAAGAGAGGCAUCAGAAAGGCCAAGUUGGACUACAGGAGGAGGAUUGAGGACCACCUGGACAGCAACAACAGCAGGCAGGUGUGACAGGGAGUCCAGCAACUCACCAACUACAGACUAACCUGGGUGCUGCUGAAGCUGGCAGAGGAGCUGGCAGAGGGUCACAUCCUCCCACCAACCUUUGACCCACACCAGUUUGUGUACUGGGUGAAAGACGCCGUAGCCACAGCCCUCCACUGCACUGUCCCACCUGGAGCAGCAGAGGAGAUACGUGCAGCUGCUUUUUGUGACUAAAGCUCUGUGUUUUAUACCAUCCUUCCUCACAGACUGGUGAACACACUGGUGGACCUGGGUCUUCCACAUGCUACCUCUAUGUGGAUCAGGACUUUCCUGUCCAGGUGCAGUCAGAGGGUGAGAGUGGGCCCUCACACAUCCACAGCCCUCAACCUCAGCACUGGCUCCCCACAGGGCUGUGUGUUGAGCCCCCUGCUUUACACCCUCUACACCCACGACUGCACCCCCACCCACCACUGUAACACCAAUCAGUCAAUCAAUCAAUCAAAUUUUAUUUCUAUAGCACCAAAUCCUAACAAAAGUUACCUCACGACACUUUACAUAUAGAGUUGGUUGAGACCAAACUCUGAAGCCAGUUUACA